GGAAGCAGAAGUUAUAUAAAGUAUUUGCUCUGUCACUGAACCAGUUACAGUUGCACAGCUAUUGAAUCUCAUUUUGUUUAGGGGAUUGUGGAUAUUGCCUUUUGUUAGCUGAAGCUCACAUAGGUUACUGGCACUAAGAUGUCCCUGGGAUCGGCAUACCAGCACAAACUGGCAGAAAAGCUUUUGAUUUUGAAUGAUAGAGGCAAAGGAGUACUCAUCCGUAUCUAUAACAUCAAAAAGACAUGUUCAGAUCCUAAGACAAAGCCUCCUUUCUUCACUGAGAAGUCUAUGGAAUCAUCUCUGAAAUAUAUUAACAAGAAGUUCCCAAAUAUUGAUGUCAGGAGCAGUACGCAACACCUUGGCCCUGUGCACAAGGAGAAAGCUGAAAUUGUGAAAUAUUUAUCCACUUACUACCUGUCAUUUUUGGAUAUCAUGGAGUUUCGGGAUCACGUUUAUGAGUUGCUCAACACAAUCGAUGCCUGUCAGUGUUACUUUGAUAUUAAUGUUAACUACACCUUCACCAAGAAUUACUUGGAUCUCAUAGUGACGUACUUCUCUGCCAUUAUGUUGAUGUCACGCAUAGAAGACAGAAAAACUCUUGUUGCCCUCUAUAACUGUGCAUCGGAAAUGAUGCAGGGACAGAGUGAUCCAUCCUAUGCCAGGCUGGGGCAGAUGAUAUUAGAAUAUGACAGUCCACUGAAAAAACUCAGCGAGGAAUUUGGACCUCAUACCAAGUCAGUGACUGAUGCUUUGAUGUCUCUGCAUUUCCUGUUCUGUCGGAGGACUCAAUCUGCUGACCAAUGGCGAGGAGCUCAGCUUCUGAGCCUUCUCAGCAAUCCUGCUGCAAUGAUUGCUCCGUCAAGUUCUGACACAAUGCCCUGUGAAUACCUGUCUGUUGAGACAAUGGAAAGAUGGAUUGUAAUUGGAUUCCUGUUGUCACAUAGUGCUCUAAAUACAAACCUCUACACCAUGGAGCUGUGGAAGUUAGCGUUACAGGGCUCUCAAUGCAUCACGCUGCUACGGGAUGACGUUUUACUAAUACAUCGAGUAACAGAGGACUUCUUUGGCGGCAUUAAAGGGUAUGGGAAGCGUGUAGCAGAUGUAAAGGAAUGCAAAGAGCACUUUCUGACAAACAGCGGACCAUUUCACCGAGCCAGGCGCUUAUAUCUGAGAGGAGCAGUCAAAGAACUGGAAGCCAUUUUAUCAGAUGAACCAGGAAUUCUUGGACCCAAAGCCUUGUUUGCAUUUAUGGCUUUGUCUUUUUGCCGGGAUGAGAUCAAUUGGUUGGUGCGACAUGGUGAGAAUGUCACCAAAACAAAGACCCCUGAGGAUUACAUUGACGUACAUUUGGCAGAAUUAAUGUUUUACAUGGAAGAGAUCCGGGCAGCAGUGAAGAAGUAUAUACCUGUUAUACAACGAUACCACAUCCAGUAUCUGGCCAAAUUUGAUGCCUUGGUUCUAAGUGAUGUAAUUCAGAACUUGACUGUAUGUCCAGAAGAAGAAUCUGUGAUUAUGUCCUCGUUUGUGAGCACACUGUCUGCACUUAAUGUAAAGCAAGUUGAGAACAAGGAGAUUUUUGAUUUUCGAGCACUGAGGCUUGACUGGUUUCGUUUACAGGCCUACACCAGUAUAGCCAAGGCUCCUCUUUCUCUGAAGGAUAACCCUGACCUGGGCAAAGUGAUGAACCUGAUCAUGUUUCACACAUGGAUGCUCGACUCUAUUGAUGAGAUUCUUAUGGAAACUUCAGAUCUCUCAAUUUUCUGUUUCCAUGUUCGUACUUUUGAGAAGAUGUUCUCAUUGACGAUGGAGGAGUCGUCUGUUUUGCGCUAUUCAAUCGCCUUUCCUAUGGUGUGUUCUCACUUUUCCAAUUGCACCCAUGAGAUGUGUCCUGAAGAGUACCCACAUUUGAAGAAUUGCAGUCUCAUGCUUUGUAACAACUUUUUGGAUGAAAUCAGCAAGCACGCAAGCAGCUGUAUCAUGGACAUCUGUGCUGAGCAGCGCAACCUCAGUGAGAAGCUUCUUCCAAAGCAUUGUGCUGCGACUAUCAGCAAAGCCAGAAACAAGAAACUGAGAAAGCCUCCUCCUAAGAAAGCAGAACCAGAACAAGAAAAACCAGGAGCAGAGAGCCAAAGAAAAAACCGCAGCCUGACCACAAACAUGGACAAGUUACAUUUGACGCUCUGUGAACUCUCAAUGGCUUUAAACCAUGUGAAGAGUUUAAUGGUGUUUGAGCAUACAAUUACACCUGCAGAAUACCUGAGCUCCCAACUGGAGAUAAGACUCAGCCGGGCUUUAGUAUGGAUGGUAGGCUGGAAUUCAAAUACUAAAGAGAUUCAAAGACCCUCUGAGGUCCUACAGGGUAUGCGUUCGUACCUCUGCACUUUAGAGUCUAUUGGCCAUUUGGUUAAUAUUGACAUAACACGUGCCAUACGGAAUACCUUGUUGCAGCAGACACAACAUGUUGAUGCUAAUGGAGAGCAAACCAUGACAGCUUUGUACACCAACUGGUACCUGGAGUGCCUCCUUCGUCAGGCUUGUAAUGGGCUAUUUUUAUACUGCCCAACAUGGAAAACAUUUAUGGAUCUACCAACGGAAAUCAGCCAAGAGCACGGUUUCAAUACAGACCAAUACUCUGAUGUUUCAGAAAUGAAAGCUUUGGCAGAGUUAAUUGGUCCAUAUGGAAUGAAGUUUUUGAGUGAAAAUCUCAUGUGGCAUGUAACUUCCCAAGUAGUUGAGCUGAAGAAAUUGGUGGUGGAGAACAUGGAUGUGCUGGUGCAAAUUCGAUCUAACUUUAACAAUGAGGAACUAAUGCCAUCUCUGCUAACUAAACUGAGCUCGCCUGAAAAUUUGCUGAGGAGAAUGACCAUUAUUGGGGUAAUCUUAUCAUUCCGCUCCUUGGCCCAGGAAGGUCUAAGAGAGGUCAUGUCUUAUCACUGUCCUUACAUGAUGGGUCCUAUUGAAUACCUAAAGGAUUUUGUUACUCCUGAUAUUGAUAUUCAGAUAACUCUGAGUAUUUUUGAGGUGGCAACUACAGCAGGUAUUCCAUGUGACAUAGACCCCAGCUUGGUAGCUGCUCUUGCAAAUAUAAAAACAGAAAGCUCCUCUUUGGAGGAAGAGUACAAAGUAGCCUGUCUAUUGCAGGUUUUUCUAGCCGUCUCCCUCCCACUUCUGGCUUCUGAUCCCUUAUCCUCUUACAAAAUUCAAUAUGAUGGUUACUAUAAUAAUAUCCACUGUUUGGCCAAAGCUAUCAUUCAAGUGUCUGCAGCCUUCUUCACUAUCUACAGAAAGAACAUAGAAAGCCAUCUAAAAGAGUUCUUACGGAUGGCAUCAGGGAGCCUGCUGCACCUUGGGGAGGAAACAGACAAACUAAAAGCCAGGAACCGGGAGUCUAUCUUGCUUCUUCUGCAUCUUAUUGUGGAGGAAUCCUCAUUCCUCACAGUGGACAUGCUGGAGACCUGUUUUCCUUAUGUACUGCUUCGGAAUGCUUACCACGAAGUCCAUAGAACCUGCCAAGCUAUGACAUCAACAUAAUUCCAAGAUGCAAUGAUGUGCCUGCCUCUGUUCCUAAAGACAAUGCUUUAAGGGACAUUAUAUAGACGUCCCUAACUGGCCUCUUCAUAGAAGAUAAAAGAUACUUUCAAAUUAGUUUGCAAAAUGGCAUUACUUUGUGGAGAAUAAAACAUGACACUUCUUUUUUUCACUAUAUAUAUAUUGGGAUAUUUUUCCAAGGCUAUUUUUGCUUCGAAUAUAUCUUUAUAGCUAUCAUUUAUUGAUUGAUGUCCUUAUAAUAAAUCUACAUUACUCAAUUGAUAAAAUACAGCUAUGCAAACGUAUAUAGAAAUGUACUGAAUAUUUCUAUUUUUCCUUUUAUUAUAUAAUUAAAGAUGAAAAUUAGAUAAAA